UGAUUUUGCAAGACGUCAUUGCUUGCCGUGGAGCAGCCUGACAGUUUCCGAGCUUGUCCGUCCGUCAAUUCUCAAGGUCUUCACCCAUCCACUUCCUUCUUCUCUCUCACCACACGAAUCUGCCGCCAAUUGACCCAAUUGACAGCAGAGGACCCAAUUCUCAUCAGCAUCAUGUUCGCUCGCUCAGCAUUCCGCGCGGCGCAGCCGCUCAAGUCGCAGGCUCGUCGCUACGCCACCGAGUCGGCUCCCAAGGGCGGCUCCAACGCCCUACUCUACGCCGCUGGCGCCGCUGCCAUUGGCGGUGCUGGCUACUGGUACUUUGGCGGGUCGAGCGCUGCGCCCAAGAUCGAGGCCGCCUCGCCUCCCAAGGUGGCCUUUGCGGGCGGCGACCAGGGCUUCAUCUCGCUGAAGCUGUCCGAGGUGGAGAAUGUCAACCACAACACCAAGCGCUUCCGCUUCGAGCUGCCCGAGGGCGACAUGGUCUCUGGCCUUCACAUCGCCAGCGCCAUCCUGACCAAGUACAAGGGCCCCAAUGACGAAAAGGCCACCCUCCGCCCGUACACGCCCAUCAGCGACGAGAGCGACAAGGGCUUCAUUGACCUGCUGGUCAAGAAGUACCCCGACGGGCCCAUGAGCACGCACCUCCACAACAUGGAGCCCGGCCAGCGGCUCGACAUGAAGGGCCCGCUGCCCAAGUACAAGUGGGAGGAGAACAAGCACGACCACAUUGCGCUGAUUGCGGGCGGCACGGGCAUCACGCCCAUGUACCAGCUCGCGCGGGCCAUCUUCAACAACCCCAACGACAAGACCAAGGUGACGCUCGUGUUCGGCAACGUGACGGAGCAGGACAUUCUGCUCAAGAAGGAGUUUGAGCACCUCGAGAACACGUACCCCCAGCGCUUCCGCGCCUUCUACGUGCUCGACAAGCCGCCCCAGAGCUGGCCCGGCCCCGGUGGCUUCAUCACCAAGGAUCUCCUCAAGACGGUCCUGCCCGAGCCCAAGGAGGAGAACGUCAAGCUGUUUGUGUGCGGACCCCCCGGUCUGAUGAAGGCCAUCUCCGGCAACAAGGUCAGCCCCAAGGACCAGGGUGAGCUCACGGGCAUUCUCAAGGAGCUCGGCUACAAGGAGGACCAGGUGUACAAGUUCUAGAGGACAGUGUAAGAUUUGUAUGUAGACAUACGAUUAGAUGGGUAGAGCAGUCCAUUGCCGAAUAUCAGUCAAAUGCAGAAUAU